UUUUCAUGCUGUCCCGUCCCUUAUGUAUUUAUAAAGAACCAUAUCCGGAUCAAGCGGCGGCCAUUGUUCUACGUGUUUAACAUGGUGUUUCCUUGUAUACUCAUCACCAUGGUAGCACUUUUGGGAUUUUACAUGCCC